AUGAAGGGUUCCACUCUCUUCAAUGCCGCGCUCGUCGCUGGCAGCGCCACUGCGGCCGUCCACAAGAUGAAGCUUGAGAAGAUCUCUCUCGACGAGCAGCUUGCUGGCAUGACCAUCGAGCAGCACGCUGAGCGCCUCACCCAGAAGUAUACCGGCAAGAGCCAGAACCGCAUGGGCGAGAUGUUCAAGGAGACUUCCAUCCGUCCCCAGAAGGGCCACCCGGUCGCUGUUGACAACUUCCUCAACGCCCAAUACUUCUCCACCAUCGAGAUCGGCACUCCUCCGCAAGAGUUCAAGGUUGUCAUGGACACUGGUAGCUCCAACCUGUGGGUGCCCAGCCGCGACUGUGGAUCCAUCGCCUGCUACCUGCACUCCAAGUACGACCACGGCGAGUCGACCACAUACAAGAAGAACGGCUCCGACUUCGCCAUCCAGUACGGUUCCGGCAGCCUUGAGGGUUACAUCAGCCAGGACACCGUCGCCCUGGGUGAUCUUACCAUCAAGAACCAGCUCUUCGCUGAGGCCACCAACGAGCCUGGUCUCGCUUUCGCCUUUGGCCGCUUCGACGGUAUUCUCGGCCUUGGUUACGACACCAUCUCCGUCAACAAGAUCCCUCCUCCAUUCUACAACCUGGUCGACCAGGGAUUGAUUGACGAGCCCGUCUUUGCUUUCUACCUCAGCGACACCGCCAACUCUGGCUCCCAGUCCGAGGCUGUCUUCGGUGGCGUCGACGAGAACCACUACACCGGUCCCAUCACCAAGAUCCCUCUCCGCCGCAAGGCUUACUGGGAGGUUGACCUCGACGCCAUCACCUUCGGCGACCAGACCGCUGAGAUCGAGAACACCGGUGUAAUCCUCGACACCGGCACUUCCCUCAUUGGUCUCCCCAGCGCGUUCGCUGAGCUCCUCAACAAGGAGAUUGGCGCCAAGAAGGGCUUCAACGGCCAGUACACCGUCGACUGCAAGGCCCGCGACACCCUCCCCGACCUCACCUUCACCUUGACCGGCCACAACUUCACCAUUGACGCCCACGACUACAUCCUUGAGGUCCAGGGCAGCUGCAUCAGCGCCUUCAUGGGCUUCGAUGUCCCCGCCCCUGCCGGUCCUCUUGCCAUCCUCGGCGAUGCUUUCCUCCGAAAGUGGUACUCCAUCUACGACCUGGGCAACAACGCCGUCGGUCUCGCCAAGGCCAAAUAA